CUCUUAUUAUAAAUAAAACCCUCACAAUUUAACAGAUCUAUAAACUUCCUGAUUUGGAAAAUAUGUGUUUUUUUUCAACGAUUGAGGUAACAUUGAAUGUUUAAUUCAUGUCGAGUUCACGUACAUCGGUGCUGGGAUUUGUUGGGAUAAACGAUACAUAUUCCUUUAUUUGGAAGAAUGAAGUGGAGUUUAAAUUUGUUAUGGCUUGUAUGGUGCAUAUGGUUAAAUGUUAGCAACCACCAGGUAGGAGGAGAAUUUGAUGAACGAUGUACAACAUAUUGCGCAUGCUGUAAAGACAAAAUAUGUGGACAAAUGUAUGGGUUUCCUAACGCUUGUACUGAAGGCUGUAUUGAUGGUUAUAGAGGUGCUCGCUGUUAUGAACUAUGUACACACAAUUGUACACAAUGCUAUUAUCAUGCAGAUGAGUGUAGUGCGUGCUAUGAUGGCUAUUAUCCCGGCCUUGCUAGAGACUGCACAUCAAAGUGUUUAUCCGGAUGUAGAACAUGUACGUCAGGAACCACGUGUACAUCAUGCAAGGAGGGAUAUAAUAAUGACAAUGGUCGAAAUGAUUGUAGUAAUCGUAACUGUCCUGAAAAUUGUAAAUGUGAUAACGGUCAAUGCGCAUCAUGUAAGGACGGAUAUUACGAUACCAGUAAUAAAUGUAAUAGUUUAUGUCCAGGGAACUGUGUCACGUGUUUGUCAAAUACGGUUUGUAGAUCGUGUAAGGAUGGUUAUUUUAAAGGUUACCAGAACGACAACAUAAACCUCCCUUUGUUGAACGACUGUACAUACAAAUGCCGAGAUAACUGUGUACGUUGCUCGUCCUAUGAUAGUUGCUCUCUGUGUAUAUCUGGUUUUUAUGGAUCGACAUGCAACAACAGUUGUUCAGCUGGUUGCAUAUCAAACACUUGCGAUAUAUUGACUGGAAACUGUCAUUGCUCUCCUAAUUUUGCUGGGGAAAGAUGUGACAAAUGCAAAACCGGGAAAUAUGGAAAUAUGUGCGAUCAACAAUGUCCUGAACCGUGUAAAGGUAACGUAUGUGAAAAAGAUUCUGGUGAUUGUACAGACGGAUGUACUAUAGACACGUAUAUUGGUGAUAAAUGUGACGUUUGUUUAACCGGGUGGUAUGGACAAUACUGUAAUAUAUCUUGUUCUGCCGGAUGUAUAAAUCAGCAAUGCGAGAAAAAUGACGGUAAAUGCUCCAAUGGAUGUCUUGAUAACUUUGUAGGAAGGCAAUGCAAUCAAUGCAUACCUGGCAAGUAUGGUGAUGCAUGCCACAGUGACUGUUCUGCCAAUUGUGACAGGAACGAAUGCAUUAAAGACUCUGGAAUUUGUAUUAAUUGCAAUGAAAACUUUGUUGGAGAUAAAUGUGAAAACUGUUCUGUUGGUUUUUAUGGUUCAGUUUGCUCUGAGAGAUGCCCGAAUAAUUGUUGGAAUGAUGUAUGUGAACGGGAUACAGGCACGUGCUCUGAUGGCUGUUUCAACAAUAAUUCGGGUGACAGAUGUUGUAUAAAUAAUAACAACUGUAUCACAUGUUUGUCAGAUACUAGGUGUAAACAAUGUAAGUCUGGAUACUUCAAUGACCAAGGUGACAAACAAUGUCCUUCGAACUGUCUAAAGUCUUGUCAUAUCGAAACCGGUGUCUGUGAUGGUUGCAAAGGUAAUUUUUAUGGUGAAAGUUGUAACUUUAUAUGUGCCUCUACAUGCAAUAUUCAAACAACAGCGAAUGGAAGUAUAUGUCAGCAAAGUAAUGGAAAGUGUCUAUAUGGAUGCCUAGAUGGUUUCCACGGUUUACAGUGUUCUGAAAAAUGUUCUGUUUAUUGCAACGAUACACUUUGUAAGCAAGACGACGGCAAAUGUACAAAAGGUUGCAAACUGAAAGUAAAGAAUGACAAUAUUUGCCCUCUGACAUCCGACUUAGGUUCCUCAGCGCAGUCAGUAAAUACAGCUGUUAUAUCACUUGGAACAAUUCUUGCUGCGUCAGUAGUUGUUAACAUCAUAUUUGUGGUUACGUUGUUUCUCCGGAAAUAUCGGAAAAGGGUCAAUGAAACUUACAAAACAAAAGGACCUGCUUAUGAAAACUCUGGCAUUGAAAUGGAAUGUGGAAGUUCAGCAAAUGCUGGCAGUGCAAGCAAGCAUGAAAUAAUACAAGCAUCAAAGAGCAACACUGUGUUAAAGUCGCCUGACUAUGAGGAUCUCGAAAGAGUUCAAGUUUCUGAGCAUGAAUAUGGAGAAAUUCGUCCAGACACUUGAUAUCAUUGAUGGACUUAUCACAGUAAGCACGUGCGAAGAUAAAUGGUCAUCAACAACAAUGAACUGUAUUAAAAUAGUCGGACUGAGAACAGAGUAACAAUUUAAAUUAUAAACAAUGGACGACAUUAUAUCAAACACAAACUAUUUCCUAAUUGUAUAGUGCUGUAUAUUUGUUUAUAUUUUUAUGUGUUUAACACUAUUGUAAAUACUUUUUUAAAAGCAUUUAAAACAUUUGACUGCAUGUUGAUAUUUUGAUAUCCGCUCUUUUAAAGACAUAACAGUUCCAUAUAACGGAUGUGCAUACUUACAUAAUUAAAUACCUCAUUCAUUUUGCUAAGUUUUAUAAGUUUUGACAUUCGUUUUGUACAACGGUGCAAGUGAUUUUUUGUAAUAAAAUAAACAAAAUGUCAAGUUGAACUGUUAGUGUAUUUUUUGGAAAGUCUGAUCUACAAAUGACUCACUUGUGUAUUUUUUUUUUUCAUAUGGCAACUGUCCAGCUUUACUAGUGGGAGAGACAUCAGCUGCCCUUCCGUGCUUUAUUAAAUUAUUUUAAUUCUGGUUUAACGAUGAUAUUACAUUUAUUCUGUUAAUUGCUGAUAGUAUUGCUAUUUUAAGUAAAUCACCUGAAGACUUACGAAAGCUAAAAUGAAUUGCAUAAUUACUGGACUUUAUUAGGAGUAAAAGUAUACAAAUGUUUAAAGUACGAUUAUGUUUAGUAGGAUGAUGGUUCUGAUUUGAAAUAACGAGCAUUGGACAUAUAAUGAUAUUCUUUAGUUGACAAUUUCAAUUAUUAAGGUACUGUCUUUAACUAUACUGGUAGUUUUUCUUCUUACUUUGAAUCAAGAAUAUUUAGCAGGGAAAUCUUUAAAGGCAUUCAAUUAUUUGUUCAAUUUUAUGUAUUUUAAAGUAUCCUGUGAAAAAAAUGGGGAUUUGGUAAAAGUAAAGAAUUUCGAACGAGCACAUCUAAAAUUUUGUAAGUCAAUGUGUUAAGCAUACAAUAAGCAGCAUGUCUAUUUAUAGUGAGCUGGAAAGGAACCUUUUAUUUGUAUAUAGAUAUGUACGGAUUAUCAAAUUCUGGUUUAAUAUUGUUGUAAAGUUUUGGUUCCACUUAUGAGAUUUUAAUUGAUAUUUCGAGUUGUACUUGUGAUUAUUGGUUAAGAAUUGCUGCACACCUUGGACUUGCUGUGCUCCUUAGUAUUGGACUUGCUGCACUAUUGGUCUUACUGCAUUAUUGAACUAUGUAGCUACGCUUCUUAGACUUGCUGCGCUCCUUGGUCUUGCUGCACUGUAUAAGAUUUGCUGCAGUAUUGGACAUGCUGCACUAUUGGACUUGCUACACUCAUUUCACUUGCUACAGUAUAUUAAUUUGUGCAAGUUUUUCUGACUUAGUUGCCAUUUUCUCUUUAACUUUGAUAUAUAUACAAUUUUCAACUUGAUUGUAAAUAAAUAAAUAAAUGCAUCAUAAAUAACGUAGCAUAAUUUUUGUCCUUUUUAGCUGAUAAUGAUCAAUGGAAAAGAUAAAUGAGAUCGAUUAAAUACUCAUGACCAUAUAAGCUAAUACUUGACAACACUCGACAGUUACUCUUU